AUGUCAUUCGACUCUACAUCGUGUGCGUCAUCUAAACCAUCCCGAAGAGCUUACAACGACCCAAAGUACCUCACUCAGAAGAAAGUAGUCAAGGACAUGGAAUGCUUUCAAGAGGCUAUUUUAGUUGCACUCAUUAACCAAUUUUGCCACAUCACACUUGUAAGACCAAGAAAACAAUCAAGUGUCGGACUGUGUUGCGCUAAAGUCAAAACCCUACACUUUGUGGGCGAUGAAAUUGAAGUGAUGCGAAUUACUGAAGAGAAGUUUAGACCUAUUUAUGAGAAGGAAUUGAUGGAAGGAAUAUCGAAAGCAACUGCCUUCAGAAGAUACGAGAAAAACAAGAGAAUAUUCGUGCACAACCUUCUCUUUGAUAUUGCACUUGAACUCGGAUUCUUUUUCGAAUCAAAGUUGUCGCGGAAGUCAAGUAAAACUGCUUCUAUUGAACGGUUUGAAAGAAUAUUCUUCAAAGGAAAAUUAUUGAUGAAUGUACAGGAAAUGGCCGUCAAAGGGGGUCUUAUCAAUGAUUAUCUCUUUGAUAUAGUCAACUUGGAAUUGACACACACUCUACAAAUGUGUGACAAGGAAAUCGCUGAUAUGCUUAGUACUAGAAAAAUAGUGGAUUUGGAAUCUGCAUAA